CGUCUCCUAUUGGCCGAGCCUCACUUUAAUCCCGCCCAUGAGCGGAGGGCUGGGCCGAGGCGCUGUUUGUGUGCUCGGGCCGCAGCGGGAGGCCGGGGCCGCAGGACUGCCUGCUGGAACCAACGCCAGCGCUCCCAGCGUCGGUGCCUUCCCGGCUCUCCGCUCAGCAGGGCAGGAGCCCAGCAGCAGCAGCAGCCUGGCCAUGACCAGCAGAGGAGCCGCCAGGCCGAACGGGCAGUCCCAAGCCAGCAAAAUCUGUCAGUUCAAACUCGUCCUGCUGGGAGAGUCGGCAGUGGGGAAAUCCAGCCUUGUUCUGCGCUUUGUGAAGGGGCAGUUCCACGAGUACCAGGAGAGCACCAUCGGGGCGGCGUUCCUCACACAGUCUGUCUGUCUGGAUGACACAACGGUGAAGUUUGAAAUAUGGGACACGGCGGGACAGGAGCGGUAUCACAGCCUGGCACCCAUGUACUACCGAGGUGCUCAGGCAGCCAUUGUUGUCUACGAUAUCACCAACCAGGAAACGUUUGCACGGGCAAAAACAUGGGUGAAAGAACUGCAGAGACAAGCCAGCCCCAGCAUCGUCAUUGCGCUCGCAGGCAACAAAGCCGACCUGGCCAGCAAACGUAUGGUGGAGUAUGAAGAGGCACAAGCUUAUGCAGAUGACAACAGCUUGUUGUUCAUGGAGACGUCGGCCAAGACAGCGAUGAAUGUGAACGACCUCUUCCUGGCCAUCGCCAAGAAGCUGCCAAAGAGCGAGCCCCAGAGCACGAGUGGUGCAGCAGGGAGGAGCAGAGGUGUGGACCUUCACGAGCAAACCCAGCAGAACAAGAGCCAGUGUUGUAGCAACUGAAAGGGGCGGCCUUCAGCAGCGGCCUGCGAGCGAGGGAGAGCUAAGAUAUAAACCUCCACCCACCCCCCUUCCCAUCCACCACACCACACCUCACCUCCAUAACGGCACACCGAGAAACCCACCCGAAACCAGAACCCUCCCGUGAGCUCUAACUGCACUUUUUAAUGCUUCAAAACCACCACCAAGACACCCGUGACCACCAACCUUGAUGGCAAUGGAACUACAUCCACCCGGGGACUUAACUUCCAGAGGGGGAAAGAAAAACAAAAAAAGAGAAAAAGAAAGGAAAAAAAACAAACCGACAAACUCUUCUUCACUUUGUAUUAUAGGUGCAAAUAGCGACCUAACCGCAGCUCCUCCCUCCUGCCUUUUUCCUCCCUCUCCCACCUCCCUCUUUAUGCUCUGUGGGCUCAGCCCUGCUCACGUUCCCCCUCCUGGUGGCACGAUGGCAGCGCAUCCUCGGCUUGGCUUUGUGUGUGACCGACCUGAUGGCACCGGAGACCUGUUGGAAAACGAAAUGGGGGGGGGUUCGAUACGGAUUGAAUUGUUUUUUUUGUCAUUUCUUUAUGUUUUCUCCUCCUUUUUCCUCUCCCUUUUCUAUGGCUGCCCAGGAGGGAAAAGCUGCAGCGUCCUUCACUUCCUUGGUGGCCUUUAUUGUUAUGGCUGAAGGUUCAGAAGUGCCUGGGAACCUUUUUGUGAGGGGAGGGGGAUGCAGAGCAAGCAGGACCACCCUUAAAGCUGCCUCUGCCCCCCCCCCAACCCAGUGCUGUCCUACAUGGUGAUCCCAGGGCACAGCAGAGCCCUGCUCUCACUUUGUCCCCAUUCCUCCUCCUGCCUUUGGUUGAGCACCCAGGUUGGGGAAUCACCCGGUUCUGCCCUUUCCUUGGCUUUUUUUCCUUCAGGUUCCUGUUUGCUCUGGAGGUUGGGAGCAGAGGGAGGGAGGUGAAAGCAAUUCCAUUCCUUUCUCCUCUUCCCGGAUAGAACUCGGAUCCCUUGGGUUGCAGCCAGGCACUGUGCCCUGCACCGCAGCCUGGAGGCCAUUGCCCUCACCCUGCACCCAACACCCUGGGCUCCCCAGGACCCCUCCUGUGUAGGUGGGGGGCUUUGUCCCCCCCUUCUCUUUGAGGUGGGGGGGGGUCCAGCAUGACGCCCUGCAGUGGGGGCUGAGCAGAUGAGGGCUGUGGGGUUGAUACCCAAACCUCAGCUCUGCUUUAACCCCCUGCAUGGCCUGAGGAUGGUCCCCCCCCCACUUUGCCCCCCCCCCCCCAAGGGAGUGAGAGGUGACACUGCAGCUUUCCCGACCUUCUCUCCACUUUCCCCUCCUGUCUCCAUCGUUGGUUUGUUUGUUUUGAGGUUCUUUUUUUGUUUUUUUUUUUUGCUUUGAGGAAGCUCCUCCAUCGCAUUUAAAUAACGAAAUCAUGGUUAACAGAACUCAGCUGCUGAUUUACCGAUGUAUUUAAUGUAAGUAAAAAGGAAAUGAACGGUGAGGAGAGGAAAA